UUUUCAUACACCAAACAAAACCCUUCACAUCUAUUCUCAAAAAACAGCACAGUUCUCCUCGCCGUUGAUCAUCCAAGGUCGGGACUUCAUCCAACGGCCAUUAAUCCACCUCGAUAUCUCACUUCUCCGGUGAUCUCAGGAGCCUCUCUUUCUCUGAUAAUUUUGGAAUUUGGAUCAGAACAGCACAGGGGGAUUGCUUAAUUCCAGUGAGAAAGCAGCAAUUUUUGUAUGAAAAGUAGUGGUUUUUGAUUGUUCUGAUAUAUAUUGGAGUGAAAAAUGGAUGACAUUCAUGAAGAUAAUGUGCGGAUGCAUAUGAGCGAGGCACAGCAUCCGAUGCAAUUUCAGUAUGAGCAUCAUGGGUUGCAUCAUAUGAGCAAUGGGAAUGUGAAUGGGAUGGAUGAUAAUCAUCAUCAUGACAAUGGGAAUGUGAAUGGUAGUGGUGGUGGUGGGAAUGAGGGUUAUGAAGGGGAUGUCCCGUCUGAUGCCGGGAAUCUUUCUGAUAAUCGUAGCGCAAUGGUGGAUCAAGUCGGUGGUGAUAGUGGAGACCAGCUUACACUGUCAUUUCAGGGUCAGGUUUAUGUGUUCGAUUCUGUAUCACCUGAAAAGGUUCAAGCUGUGCUAUUAUUGUUGGGGGGCCGGGAAGUACCUCCAAACAUGCCUGCCAUCCCAGCAACUGUUCACAAUAAUAACCAUGUAGUGGGAAUUUCUGGUACUCCACAACGGUUAAGUGUCCCUCAGAGAAAUGCCUCACUGGCUAGAUUCCGUGAAAAGCGAAAAGAAAGAAACUUUGACAAGAAAAUUCGUUAUACUGUUCGUAAAGAGGUAGCUCUUAGGAUGCAGCGAAAUAAAGGUCAAUUUACGUCUUCUAAGUCCAAUAAUGAUGAUUCAGCAUCAGCUGUAACAAGUUGGGGCUCAGACGAGAGCUGGGGUCCUGACGGUAAUGGAUCCCAGCAUCAGGAGAUUGUCUGUCGGCACUGUGGCAUCAGUGAGAAGUCUACUCCAAUGAUGCGACGUGGUCCUGAAGGGCCAAAGACCCUUUGCAACGCAUGUGGACUUAUGUGGGCAAGCAAGGGAACUUUGAGGGACCUCACUAGGGCAGCACCAAAAGCUGGACAGAAUUCUUCUUAAAUAGGGAUAAGAAAAUAGGUUUUGAGGCUGACCAAAUGGCGGUUAAGAGUUGCAGGAAACCUUAGUGAUGUCUCAAGAUAGCCCUUUUGGAUUCAGCCACCAUAUAGAGGAAGGAAUCUACUUAUUAAACUAAUGGAAGAACUGGUAUUAUACCCUUUUAAAUGAGUUUAUAGGGUUGGUUCUGCAGCACUUGGAGGUUGGAUUUUUAUGCUGGCCUGAACUUUCUGCUGUUAAACUUGACUUUAUAUGUGGAUAGGAUAAAAUUUCAAGCCCUUUGAAAGACAGAUUUGGAGAAACCUAAAUCAUUUGGGGCAUCGAGGCCAUACCGAUAUAUCCUCAAUUCAAUUAUACUGCUUUUGACAGAGUAAUGUUUGUCCAUAAAGACAAUGCUGGGGAAUGCCCAAAGGAUCUCAUACAGGCUUUGUUUUGCAUUAGCCUCCUCCUAAGCAGUUUCAGUGAAUUAAGGAUUUUAAAAUUGCAUCUAUCAAGAACCAACUGUUGUGUUUUCCCA